AUGCUGCUCGCAUCCGCCUUGCGAGGGCUCACCCUUCUCCUGGGCACCCUGAACAUCGUCCAUGCAGCCUUAGGAACCACAAACACAAACACAAAUCUCCCCCGAUCCAUAACCCUCUCCUACUCAAUCCUCGGAGCAGACACCAACAUAAAACCCCUGGUCACAGUCUUCUACGACCCCAAAUCCCGAAAACACUCCCUCUCCACAUGGACACCGCCGACUCCUCCCACCCAAGAAUCCAGCAUCUCGGAACCAACAUCCCCCGGCCUAGUCCGCAUCCACCUCCCCAACGGCAGCACCACAGUAACCAGCCUCGCUGCCUUCUCAGAAGACCUCCACCAGAAGAUCGACCUCUGGAUCUCACCCGAUGACGGCUCCGUCUUCUCCGCAUCCGUCUCUUCCCUCUCACAACCGCCCCUCUCCGCCGAAGAAGACCGCUACCGCAAGAAAGUCGCCCGCGCAAAGGCCAAGGGCAAGCCGAUCCCCGCACGCCCGCCGGUCCCCAACACCAAGAAAGCGCGCGAGGAGGCCGCGAGACAGCUGGGGCUGUACGAGCCUGUCAAGGUGAAUAUCUUCACCGCGGAGGAGGGUCCCGCGCCCAUUUUGAAUACCAGGGCGCCCCCAGUGGUGGAUGCCGAGGGUAGAGAGGUUGUGCAGGAGGAACAGCAGGAAAAGAGUUUCUUCCAGAAGUACUGGUGGGUGUUCUUGGCUGUGGCCGUUUUGACCAUGGGUGCCGGUGGUGAUAAGUAG